CGCCCGGGCUCGCGCGGGCUCAGCCGCUUGCACGCCUGCGCUGGCCCCCUAAAAUCGAGGGCGCGGGGCAGGGCCCGCGGAGCGCCACGGGGCAGGGCCCAGUAUUUGCAAGGGAGAGAAAAGCCCGACAGAACCCGGUGCCUGCGUGUCAUGGUGUUGGGGCACUCCCGUCCACCCUUGUGUCUGCGGUGAUGUAACACGCCAUUGUGACAUCAUCCCUUCCCUUGUGAUGUAACCCAGAGGCGAGACUCUCGGGGAGUGUUAGUCUGUGGGGCCUCCCGAGAUCUCUUUGCCUCCCACCCCCUUUACACCCGUAGAAUGGCCUCACCCCUUCGGGGAAAGACCGCUUCGCCCCUGGUGGAAACCACCCACUACAAGGAGACAUCGACGGUCCGCGUGGAGACCUCGUCCCACCGCGUGGAGACCUCCUCCCGGCGGGUGCACACGUCUUCCCGGCAGGUGGAGACCUCCCAGUGCCGCAGUGAGGGGCCCUCCCAAUUCCCCUCUGGGAAGCGGCUCCCUCGCAUCCUCCAGGUGUCCUCCCAGCACGUGGAAACCUCCUCGCAGCGCACAGAAACGUCCUCCCGCCACGUGAGGGCCUCAUCCCUGCGCGUGGAGACGUCUCUGCACCGCGUGGAGAGCCCUCCCCGGAGGGACAAGACGGCAACCAGCCAGAAUGUAAAAAUGUCCCGAUGAAAUACUUCCCAAAAGCCACGAAAGGGCCAUGGCCCUCAGCCAGGACAACAUUGCCUCCAGUUUGCAGCCACCAAGCUGCCAGGUGGACCAAUCAUAGAAACCGCCUAUAAAUCAACAUAAGAAACAGGCAAUCUACAGUUUCCGGACUCAGCCAACAUUUAUUGACCAUGCUGCACCUUGGACCAUCCUGCCUUUGACCCAGGCAACUGUUUUAACUUGAAGCCAGCACAAGUUUCCAGGUCCAUUCUACUGUGUAAAUUGAGUUGAUGGACAACGAGGCUGCUUGAACCUCUGAACCAGGUUUCUUCCUCCAAAUUUCAUUUAUCCGUGUUUCAAAGCAAGGAAGUGUCAAAAAGGCAAGAGACAUGAAGAAAAGGAUGUUGACAAGAUAGUUGCCAUGCAUACUGGUUUACACAUCAGAUUCCACAGCUUCAAAAUGAUCCUGUAUAUAUUAAAGAAGCUUAAGUCUGUCACAGUUUUAAUGUACCUGCUGCAUAUAAUAAGUGUGUCCCCACUGUGUCCUCUCUUGGAAGCCUCAAAGGAGCCCAGGUGCUGUUGUAGCUGUGACUUGGUAUAUAAUGCUGAGCACUUAUGUGCAACGAAGAGCAAAGAGCAAUGCUGUCCCCUCCACUGCCAGCCAAGAACGCCGCUAAUGGCUCCAUCUACUAAUCCCUUGGAUUUGUUGAGCUAGGAAAUAGCUGUCACUUGCCUUCGGUUGUUGCCAAUCAGUUGACCUUCAUGGUACAGAUGGAAAAACUGAAGUCCAGAGAAGCCAAAAUAACUUGCCACCACUAUCUACUUGCAACCACUAUUUACUGACUCCCCAGAUGGCUUCUUUUGAUAACCAAAUAAAGGUGGCCUCAUGUGGGCUGAUCUCCCGAGAAAUGGCGGGAGCGACCAGGCUGUCCCUCAGUGACCCCCUCCAAUCAAGUGUUCCCAGCUCCAUGGACCUGCUUGUCCUGACAGUGGGGGAUGUGGGUCCCAAAGUCCAGAUGUGGAUAGCAGAGGGGCCCACAGCGGUGACCGCAGCUCGGCCUCUCCUCCUGCUCCGAGCCCCUGGCCCACGGUGGCAGAAAGAGCUCCCUUCUCAGGCGGAAACCCACUGGUCCCGGUGGAUGCAGUGGAUGCGGGGCCACCAGCACUCCAUGGUGCGGCAGGGACAGAGCGGGCUGGCGCACUGCCCACUGCCAGUGGCGUUGAAGGUUCCUAGCACCUGGGAUGACUUCAGGAAGACUUCAGAAAGGCAGCUGGCCUCGCGGGAAGUCGAUGCAGAUGCACGUGGGAGCCUGCGGCUGGCGAGUUGCUGACUCCGGGCACCGGACCUGCUGCUCGUCACUGAGGCAGCCGGUCUCCGCUGACACCUCUCAGACACCGUGGACCUUGCAAUGGGAGGCUGUUAAAAUCUAGAAACUCAGACCUCGAGUUCUAGCGUCUCAUUUUAUUUAGACCAUUUUAGACACUCAUCUCUUUUAAAAAUGAUUAUAAAGUAGUGCAUGCCUAUUCUAAAAUAUUUGGAAAUACAGAAAACAAGACAAAAAUAUAUAACCCUGUAAGGUCACCAAAGGUAACUGCUGCUAUAUUUCCGCCUCAACUUUUUUCCUGUGGUCGUGUCUGUUUUUAUUAUCAUAAAAACGUAUAUAAUUUGUAUCUGUUUUAUUCACUUUAAAUAUAAGCAUUUUUAACAUAAAAAUGUUCUUUAUAAACACUUCUAAUGAGUGCAUAAGAGUGUUUUGAGUGGACACAUCAUGAAUACUUACUGUUACCUAAAUAU